UUUCGUUUUCAGUAGUUUCACUGUGUACAGUCGUUUCAGUCUGACUACAACCAUUGAAGCAUUUAAGUGUCUUCUUAAAUAUCAUCAUUCAAAAUACACAAAUAUUGUUAAAAUAUAAAUAUUAUUAAAUUGUUAUUUAUUUGUUUAAAAUUUAAGUUAAUCAAUAAUAAUGGCAACUAAUCGAGCAACCAAAUCCGGAUUUGCUGCUGAGGCACAAAAAAAGAUUAAUAGUAAAUACAGCGAAGAAUUGGCCCAAGAAUGUCUCGAAUGGAUCAAGACAAUAACUGGUGAAAAUAUUGAGACAAGUGGUGAUAUGGAUAAUUUUUAUGAAAUAUUAAAAGAUGGAACACUUUUAUGCAGAUUGAUAAAUCAUAUAAAAGAAGGUUCAAUAAAAAAAAUAAAUCAAAGUACAAUGGCAUUUAAAUGUAUGGAAAAUAUAAAUACAUUUUUGGAAUCAGCAAGAGCACUUGGUGUACCACCACAAGAAACAUUUCAAACAGUUGAUCUUUGGGAAAGACAAAAUUUAAAUUCAGUUGUUAUUUGUCUUCAAUCACUUGGUAGAAAAGCUGGUGCAUAUGAUAAACCAAGUAUUGGACCAAAAGAAGCUGAUAAAAAUGUUCGUAAAUUUACUGAAGAACAAUUACGUGCUGGACAAGGUGUUAUUAGUCUUCAAUAUGGAAGCAACAAAGGUGCCAAUCAAAGUGGUAUUAAUUUUGGCAAUACACGACACAUGUAAAAUUGAUAUUAUCAAUUAAUUUAAACAAAAAAAAUAUAUAAAAAAUACAUUUAAUAUUCCUUCAAUCUUGCUUAAGAGAUUAUUGUUUUUUUUUUUUCUUUUUUUGUCAUAAACAACGUGAUGCAUUUUUGAAAAGACAAUUACUUAUUAUUCCAUUUAAUAAUCAGGGUCCAUUUAAGUAUAUUAAGUAUAAAAAAAAAACAAUUAAACAAUUACAAAACAAAAAAAUAUAAUUGCCAAAUUAUUUGAUAAGAUUUAAUCUAUUUCUUGCACAAAAUUUCGAAUUGAAAAUUAAUUAAUGUUAUGUAUAAUUAUUGAAAUCGAAAAAUGUUUUUUUUAUAAUUUUUUAUGAAUAUAUAAUUCCAAUUCAUAAAAAUUGAUUUAACAAUUAAUUUAUCAUCGUUAAAAUUUAUAUUAUGUUAAAACAUCAACAAUUAAGUAUUUUUUGUACAAAAUAUUAUGUUUUUUCUUCAUGUUUGUUUGUUGUUUUUUUAACAAACAAAUAACUCUGCCUUUUCAAAAUGUAUUUAGCGAUGAAUAAUAAAAAUACAUUAGUACAUAAGAGAAUUUUUUUUUUUAUUUACUCUAUUAGAUAUCUAAUAAUUAAUUAAAAUACAAAAUAAAUGUUUAUUUAUCUCUGGAAUGGAUAAUAAUCUAAUCCAGAAUUUUGUUUAAAAACAUAAGUAUAUUUGUUUUUUCUGAAGAUUUUUGAGUUUUCCACUAACUCUUGUACUUGUGGUCUAUAAAAAAUAAAAAAAAUAUUUAAUUAAUAAUUAUUAUUUAUAAAAAAAUAUACACAUUUAAUAAAUUAAUUAACCUGUAUGCUGGAGGAAGCAUUUCUUCAUGGAAAG